ACAGUCACACCGAUAAAUAUCGUCAACAGUUAACACGUUCACAAAUGUUGCUCAUAAAUUACGCGUCCACUUUCAUGCGAGUCAAUACUUGACCUUCCCAGGUUGUCGUUAGAAUUUGUCGCAUAUUCGGUACAUGAGCUGUAAUAUUUCACGUGUUUACUAUAAAUACACUGCGGUAGAUGAUUUUCUUCCUCUUAUUUUGUAUGCCUUAGGUCCCAAUUAGAACCUAUUUGACGUUUAUUAAGCGCCAUGAACUUGCGAUGGACAUAUCUACAUUGUCACCGCAAUUAUAUUUAUUUUUGAUGUAAAAUUUGUGUCAUAUUUUAGUAUGAGAGAGAGGUAUAAGAUUUCACUCUUGUUCUUAGUUUUUUUUGACCAAAUUGUUUUAACAUAGAUGUAUAAAGUAAGUGCAACGGUUCAUUGAAAACGAUCUGCAGUCGUGCCACAUUUGAUAUAUGCAAGCAUCUAACUGCAGUCGUGCCACAUUUGAUAUAUGCAACCAUCUAAAUAACUUUUCAGCUAUCCCACAUCAUGUUUCAGGUGCUUUCUAUUUGCAGCAUAUCUCACAUGUUCAUCUCUUAUUAGUAUCGUAAUAUUUUUUUCUGAAUUCUCACAUACAAAUGUGAAAUAAUUAUCUGAACUAAAGGCCAGUGAGGAGUGCCUUGCACUAAUAAGACGCUCUUUGAAAUCAGCUACAAUGGAAACCUCUGGUUCUCAGUUUGAAGUAAAAGUGCCACACAUAUUUGUAACCUUGGGAGCUUCAGGCGAUUUAGCAAAGAAGAAGAUAUAUCCUACAUUGUGGUGGCUUUACAGGGAUAAUCUCCUACCACCUAAUACAAGGUUUUAUGGUUACGCAAGGUCAAAAAUUUCACUGCAAGAACUUCAAAAGAAAUGUGAACCAUACAUGAAGGUUAAAGAAGGAGAGAAAGAGAAGUAUGAAGAGUUUUGGGCACAUAACAAAUACAUAGCAGGCAGUUACGAUUCAAGGCGUGAUUUCGAACUCUUAAACCAGGAACUGAUGACCUGUGAGAAUGGCACUUCAGCAAACAGACUGUUUUAUCUAGCACUUCCACCAUCAGUUUUUGAAGAUGUAACUGUUCACAUCAGAAAUUCAUGCAUGGCUGUGAAAGGAUGGACAAGAAUAAUUAUAGAAAAACCAUUUGGUCGAGAUGCUGACAGCUCAAAACGAUUGUCAGACCAUUUGGCAUCACUAUUCAAGGAGGAGCAGAUCUACCGAAUUGACCAUUACCUGGGGAAAGAAAUGGUGCAGAAUUUGAUGACGUUAAGGUUUGGCAAUAGAAUUUUCAGUCCUACUUGGAACAGGGAAUGUGUUGCUUCUGUCUUGAUAAGCUUCAAGGAGCCAUUUGGCACACAGGGAAGAGGUGGCUACUUUGAUGAGUUUGGAAUAAUUCGUGAUGUUAUGCAGAAUCAUUUACUACAAAUUCUUAGUCUUGUUGCAAUGGAAAAACCAGCAUCUAUCCAUCCAGAUGACAUACGCAACGAGAAGGUGAAAGUACUUCGAUGCAUUCCACCCAUUACUCUAGAUGAUGUAGUCCUUGGUCAAUAUGUUGGAAAGCCUGAUGGGAAUGGUGAAGAAAAGCUGGGUUACCUGGAUGAUCCUACAGUACCAGCAGGUUCAACAACACCAACAUUUGCCACAGCAGUAUUAAAAAUAAAGAGUGAGCGUUGGGAUGGUGUACCAUUUAUUCUCCGUUGUGGGAAAGCAUUAAAUGAACGCAAAGCUGAAGUACGAAUUCAGUACCAGGAUGUUCCUGGAGAUAUUUUUAGUGGAAAGCCUAAACGAAAUGAAUUAGUAAUUAGAGUCCAGCCAGGUGAAGCUGUGUACAUCAAAAUGAUGACAAAAACCCCCGGAAUGACAUUUGAUUUGGAGGAAACAGAACUGGAUUUGACAUACGGAAGUCGGUACAAGGAAGUAAAAAUGCCUGAUGCAUAUGAGAGACUGAUACUUGAUGUAUUCUGUGGAUCACAGAUGCAUUUUGUUCGCUCUGAUGAACUUUCAGAGGCAUGGAGGAUUUUUACUCCACUGCUUCAUGAGAUUGAAAGUAAAAAGAUUGCUCCAAUUCCAUAUGUAUACGGUUCACGUGGACCAAAGGCUUCUGACCACAAGUGUGAUGAGAACAACUUCAAGUACUAUGGAUCGUAUAAAUGGGUUCCACCAAAAGCAUGACUAUAGGAAAGAGAAUGACAUCCGUUCCAUGAUUUGCUUUGUCUUUCAUUUCAUGCAUGUCUUCCACUCAGUAAUGAAAUGUUACCAUUGUAAUAAGAGAAUGAUGAUAAUGUAUAUAGGGUUAAUUUGUUGUUCAAGGUCUAGGGUGGGGAAACUGGGCAUUUUGGGCCAUGUUUAUAUAUUUAAUUUGUCAUAGCAUUUUGGAGGAGUUUUUUAAAAGAUAAUGUACUCAUAGCUCAAAUUUUGUAUACUUGUAAUAUAGAACUUAUGUCACUCUCUAAAUAUGUCAACAUUUAGAAGAAUUGCCUAAGAAAAUCUUCACCAACUAUUUGCAGUUUCUGCUGAAAUGCCAUUUCUUUUACAAUCGGCACAAAAUAUUGUGUAAGAGUAAUGUACACUAGAGUUUUUGCCUUUGAUAUUGACUGAAACUGUAACAGCAACAAAAUUAUUUAAUUUGUGAACCAGUAUGAUUAAUCACAAAUUCAUGUAGUGUAAUGUUCUGUGAAGGCUGACAUUAGCAAUCUGUUCCUAGUUGUGAUUCUUAUAAAUUUUUGUAGAUAUAUUUCUUUAUUUUAAAUGGAUGUGAUACUCAUUACAAAAAUAGCAAAUGACUCACUUGUUAUUAUUUUAUGUAUUGGUUUUAAUCCAUACAUAUUGUGUUAUUUAUGUUAAUGUGUGGACAUUGUGUCUAUAUCUUUCUCAUCAUGUCGAAGUGGAGUUACAGUUUCGAGGAAUUUUCUUGUUUUAAUCUUGUUUCAAUUUUUGUUCAACUUUUUCUCAUUUUAUUUAUUAGUUAAAUUUGAAAUUUGUCUGUCUUUGAAUCACAAAAUUGUCCCCCUUGUAAUCGACAUUGCUCAGUGCUGUCAGUGUGUCCAUGUUAUGUAUUCGUGUUAAUCACCCAGACUAUUUACGAUGGUGUUUUACAAUAAGUGGAAUACACAGUAGUAUGUGCAACAUAUUACAUAAUUGAUUCAUCAUAGACAUUAUCCAGUUGUAGAUAAUACACCAUAUUACAUGAAGUGGAUAUAGGCUUUGGCUACAUACAGAUGGAGUAUACAAAAAUCGUUGCCGACUGAAGUAAUGCCAAACACACUAUUUGACAAUAUUUUAGAUUAUUUCAUUUCAAAUCACCCAGACUGUUUUCUUGUAAUUU